AGACAAAAUGGCGGACAGGUAGGCGGAAGUUUUACCUGACAGGUCCACACCCGACCAAAGACCGUUAAAAUUUGCUGUACUUCUGCCGAGACUCAAGACGCGAAACUUUCGUGAGAAGAGUACAAGUCAAGAAAUAUGUCCUGGGCCAAGCUGAAACUUGAGGAGGAACUCUUCAUUGCAGCUGAUGGUGGAGAUGAAGAGAAGGUGACGGAGCUGCUCCGACAGGGAGUGGAUGUCAACUGUACCGACUUGGGUCUUUAUACGCCACUUCACUGUGCAGCAUCAGGAGGACAUGUUGGUGUUGCUAAACUCCUCCUGAAGGCUGGAGCACAGGUGGACAGUAGGGAUCGGUUCGGCGAGACUCCUAAGGACAUAGCGGCAAGUACAGAUGUUUCACCCUGGCAGAAUAAAGAUCGCAUCCUGGAGAGAAGGAAGAAGAUUCUCGAGCUUUUUGCAGCAGUAAAGGCCGGCCGCCCUUUCACCUACAAGCUCAAAGUGGGUCCAGAAGGAGGUGACCUGAAAACCCCAUUUUGUACCAUCUCUAUACCACGUGGGGCCGUUACCAUGGAAACAGAAAUCAUCUGUCAGGUCAUCAACCCCAAUGACGUCACUCUUCCCCUGAAGGACGGAGAGAUGUUAGUGAGUGACAUCAUAGAGCUGGGUCCGCACGGGACAACCUUCCGCAAACCUGUCACUGUGCAGAUGCAGUACAACAGCAAGGCGUUAGAUGGCGCUACGGAAGCUGUCGUUUGGGUCACUAAAGACAGGUCACAAUGGAAAGAACUUGAAACCAGUAGAAAAGGUGAAGACAGUGUCGCAGUAUCAGUGGACCACUUCUCCAUCUUUGCCGUCAUCAGUCAACCCAAACAGGACAAGUUUACUGUGCCUACAGAAGGGUUUAAGCUGACGUCAUCAACGCAGCCUGCGGUACAAAUCAGCUUUCCGGAACAGGCUGUGACCACACCAACACAAGUCACAGUUCAGGUGCAAGAGGUUCCACAGAGAGCAGUUAAGGACAUCAAGGCAAAGGAUGAGUCUUUCGGCAACCUUGUUGGCACCAGCCCGAUUGUCAAUGUCACUACUGAGUCAAAAUCUGACGUCCGCAUCCACAAACCGGUCACAGUGCGAGUCCCAAAUCCUAAACGUCGCAUGGACAUCCAAGAUGAGAGGCCCACCAAACUGAGGGUGAUGUCAUGUGAGGAGGGGACAGAAGACUGGAGGGAUGAAACAGAGAACACUAACCCGCAAGAGUCUGCAGAAUUUGUGGAGUUUAAAGUCAUCCAUUUCGCCAGAUGGAUUGUACUGGUUGUCACAGACAUCACCGGUGACACAGAGCUAGGACCAGUUCCCCUAAAACUUUGCCGAUGGCUUCAACUCCGUGUUGUACAGUUCAUCAUGCUACAGAGCGGGGACGACGCAAACCAGUUUGUCGUAGAGUGCGCCAAAGCGGAGGAGGCAAAAAGGAAACGCCAAGCACUGCUUCAGGAAGGUUACAAGGGCUUGGUACCUACGGACUCGGUAAACCUUUUUGAAGGACAAGUAGUUGAAGUAAGUUUGCUGGGAAACGUGUCGAUCCCAGCAUUUGGCGUAGGAAACAGCACGAAACAGCAAAUCACCUUCCACAGCCAGAAAAGCAACCGGCUCCACAUGCAGGUCAUGGCUUUAGAGGCGAAGGGCCAACACGGUCUAGAUGGUAAAGGAAGUGCUGCCUUCUUUGCCAUGCCACGCGUCAAAGUGCAGAAAGAGGAAGUUGAGAAACAAGAAGGAGGCCUGGAAGCUCUUGUGCAGAAGGGACGCGUAGAAGUCAAGGAUUCCCCGGGCAAACAAUCUGCAAAGCCAGAAUUGCUGUGCCAGCUCCCAAUCCAUGUGCCAUUUCAAACCCGAGAGAUACCAAGGGGAGCCGAAGGUGGCAAAAGUUUGGAAGACGUCGAGAAGUAUUUCUAUUUCACCAAGGAAGAAGUAAGCACCGACUGGGUGGAUUUGGCCUUCCAUCUUGGGCUCAACUGGGCUAUCAUCCAAAACAUCGCCGGCAGAAACCGCGACGACAAGUCCCGCUGCAUGGACAUGCUGCAGGAAUGGAAGAAGAAGAAGGGAGACGCCGCUACCAUAGAGGUCCUGAUGGAGGCUCUGUCCGAGGCAGGUCUGCAGAGCGUCGUGGAUGGUUUGAAGAAACAAGUUGCAAACUAUGGGUAA